CCCCCCUCCGCUCUCCUGCCAUGGCAUCCAAGUGCCCCAAGUGCGACAAGACCGUGUACUUCGCUGAGAAGGUGUCCUCCCUGGGCAAGGACUGGCACAAGUUCUGCCUGAAGUGUGAGCGCUGCAACAAGACCCUGACGCCGGGUGGGCACGCUGAGCACGACGGGAAGCCCUUCUGCCACAAGCCCUGCUACGCCACGCUCUUCGGCCCCAAAGGUAGGUCUGUGAGCCGGGCCGGCUCCUACAUCUACGACAAGCCGCAGAUCGAGGGGCAGACGGCUCCGGGACCCAUCGAGCACCCCGUGAAGGUGGAGGAGAGGAAGGUGAAUGCUGCACCUCCCAAGGGACCCAGCAAAGCCUCCAGUGUCACCACCUUCACCGGGGAGCCCAACAUGUGCCCGCGCUGUGGCAAGAGGGUCUACUUUGCUGAGAAGGUGACCUCUCUGGGGAAGGACUGGCACCGUCCCUGCCUGCGCUGCGAGCGCUGCAGCAAGACACUGACCCCGGGGGGCCACGCCGAGCACGACGGACAGCCGUACUGCCACAAGCCCUGCUACGGGAUCCUCUUCGGGCCAAAGGGUGUCAACACCGGAGCUGUGGGGAGCUACAUCUACGACAAAGACCCCGAGGCGAAGAACCAGCCCUAGGCAGCGUCCCCAGCUGUCCCCACGCUCUGUGCCCCUGUACUAACCUCCUGCUCCCACCUGAGCAGAGCCUCACCAGGCCGGCCACGGAGCUGUCCCCCCUCUGCUGUCUCUACUGCUCCGGGCAGGACAGCCCUGCCCCUGGGUUGUUAUUAUCAUAGUCUCUAAUAUAAGCUUCAGUGUUUUAAGGCAAAGGUAGAAGGGAUCUCUGGUGGUUCCCAAUGUGCUCUGUCCUCCCCAGCCCUCCCACCAGCCCCCCGAGGGUGGGGGGCAGCAGGGCUGGUGUGGGCAUGGGGAUGGGGGGUGCAAUGGGAGGGUGCUCCAGGCUGUCCCUCAGUGCUUGUGCUUGGGGUGAGGGUGCCCAGCCCUGCUCCUCACCAGCUGCUGGAGGUGGGGGACACCUGGCAGCACUGCCCUUCUCCUGGUCCUUCCCAGGCUCCAUCCCUGGGUCCCACUGCUGGCCCUGUCCACUGUUAUGUCUGGCUCCUCCCUACAUCCCUGUGGGUGCACCCAGGCAGGUGCCCAGCCUACUCUGGUUUAGGUUGGUGUCCCCCAGCCUGAUGCCCCCGGGGGCACCUGGCAGCUGCAGCCCUGGUGGAAGGGGCUCUCCUCUCCUCUCCCCUCCCCACCUUUGGAGGACAAAGCACAUUGGGCUGGUGGCCUGGGCAGCAGGACCCUCCCCUGCUUCCCAGAGCCGGAGGUUUCUCCUCGUUGUUGUUUAUUUAUAAGCAGUUGUAAAUGUGCUCCUUGCUUUGGAGAAUGACACGUGCCCCCCAUCUCACCUGUCCCCCUGUGCACUCCCAGCCCUGCUGCUGCCCAGAGAAAGGAAAGGGGGCUGGGGCAGGGGGCCCUGGGUGCCAGCACCCUGCUCCCUUCAGGCUCCCUGUGCUGCUGCAGGGCUGACUUUUGUUAUUUGCUGACAAUAAAGGUUUUGAGAGA